UUUUUAAGUGAAGAUCGGCUUUUUAAUAUCAUAUCCUCCUUAUACAGUAUAAAUACUUCUCGUAAUAGAUCUAUUCAAAAUGUCAAAACACUCUCAAUAUACCUCUCUUUUCUUUCCUUUCACUUCUAUACAUUCCUUUAGAUACCACUCAACUCUUUUACGUUCCAAUUCCCUUUAUCUUCACAUUCUAUUCACGGAAACACACCGAUUUAUACCUUUCCUUCCUUCUACAUAAGUUCGAAAAUGUUUAUACAUUCCUUCAAUCUAGACACGACUACAAAAAGCCAAUUGAAGAAUACAAUUGAUAUUGAACAAUUGAAUCAACUCUACGCAAAAAAAUAUAGUUCCGAGUUAGAUACUGUUUUGAUCUCUCGUCAGCAGCAACUACACAAUAACGCUCAGACUGGCAGUGAGAAUGACAGUAAUGCUUGCAACGUACUAUUGUGUGGUACCGCUCAAGCCGCUCUUACAAAUGUAAGAAGCGAUAUUUUGAGAAAUAGCCCUAUCAAGUCUACUCUGACAAUAAAUUCGUCGAAUAUGGAUGCACUCUUUCAUCCGGAAGUUAAACCAUCGUUGAUUCAUAUAGCUCAAACGUAUCAUAUCGGAAUUAAGAUCUGCUACCAUUGCCAUCAUCAUAAUAUUUGUUCGGGUCCCGAAAUUCACAUGCUUGGUUGUAUUGAUUCACUUGAAGCAGCACGCGUGGAUAUUCUCGUGCUUCUUGAUAGACUGUCGGGCCUUGUCAUUGAUCGUUUGGAUGAUAUACCACAGCAGUUUCAUUAUCUUAUUGCUGGACGCAAGCACAGUCAUUUACAAGCCAUCAUGCAGGAGACAGCUACCAAUAUCUAUCUAAAAUCGCCAUUCGCUCAUCUACAUUGUAAUCAGAAAGAAGAUGAUAAGAAGGAGAGUCUAGCCCUUAUCUACCUUUCAGGCGAAUCAGUAACCACCUUGACUAGAGCUAAAAGAGCCAUAAAGAAGUUAUUUGCUCAAAUGGCAGCCUCAGUUUAUAUCAAAAAGUCCCAUGUCAACUCAAGAAAGCUAGAUUGGGUGCUUCUAAACAAGCGCGAUGAAGUAAGAAAGAUAAUGAUUGAUAAUGGGUCCUUCUUCUUAUUUCCGGCUGUAGGAUCAGGCAACAAUUCCGUUUCGAUAUACGCGGAAAAUAGAAUUUAUGCUGAACGUUCCAUUCGACUAUUAAAUCAUCUGACAUCUAGCGUUUAUGAGGCUACUUUUAAAUUCAAUGAAAAUAACUCUUUGCAAAAAUUGGAUAAUUUCCCGUUGAUCUUGGCGCAAUAUGCUUUAGCAUCCGGUGCUGAAAUAAGCUAUGAUUCGGAGACUUAUUCCAUGAACUUGCUUGGAACAGAAAGUCAAGUCAAGGCUGCAUAUCAAUUUGUAAGCGAUAUGGAUCACUUCCCCGAAAAUCACAAGUACACUAUCUUUUCAGUUGAACUAGCUACAGAUCAACGGGAAUUUGUAAGUGGCAAGAAGAAUGGCAAAAUCAACAAAAUUAUGAAAAGCUGCACCGCUUCUAUCCGAUUUACCAUCUCCAACGAAUACAACUCGGCUAUAAUCGUCGAAAGCGAUGACAGUACGAAAGCAAUGGAAGGUUUCUGCAUGCUUCAAGAUGAGUUACCUGCCGAAACCUCAUUUUAUGUUCCUGAAAUUUAUCAUCGUCGUAUCAUUGGCGUAGGCGGCAAAAACAUUCAAAAGGUUAUGAAGCAGUAUGGUGUUUACGUCAAAUUUUCCAACACAGAAGAGUUCAAGUCUAUGGGUGGCUACUUUGAAAAUGAAGAUAACGUAGUCGCGCGCACUCCCAUGAAGAAUAAAUCAAAUUUGGAUCAUUUAAGAGAGGCGGUUACUGCAUUUAUUGCUUAUAAUAAGGAUAAAAACUAUGUCACAACAAUGAUGGUCGUCCCUUUUCCAUUACAACGUAUAAUUUCAAGUAAAUAUGCCCAGGAAUUACGAGAUCUCUGUCAAGCGAACAGCUCAAUGAUAUGGUGGCCAGAGCGUUUGGGUAUGGAUUAUGUUACCGUCUAUGGGCCUCAAGCUCAGCUCCCUCUGGUCAUUUCUUAUGUACAACAGUUUAUUGAUAUAGAAAAGCAUAUGGUCGUCGCUAUUAAAGACAACUCUAUGCGAAAAACGCUCACUGAUCCUAAUUUUAUAGCGCGUAUUCGACAACAGCUGAAUGCUGAAUGUCCCAACAUUGAACUGAAAGGAAGCGAAAUUGUGAGCGAUCUCGACUUUAAUGAGCCAGACCUCCUCGAAUGGAAAUACGGUUAUCAAACAGAGGAAUGUAACUGUGUCUUAAUCUUCAGACUUAUUUGCCGCUCCAUUCUUCGUCAAGGAUAUCAUUACUUGGAAACAGCAAAAGAAAUCAUAAAGAUGCAUAUUGAAUCAGCCGGCUUCUUCUUUAAAGACCUUGCAACCCAGCAUCAGCAAGACUGUUUCCAGAGCUGCCAGUACAAGCAAGCAGACUGUUACUUUCCUUCGUCCAUGCUUUCUCCUGGAUUCUCCGAGCAGCAAUACCAGCAGGCUCUUUCAACCUGUAAUAACACUAUCCCUACUCCUCCUGCUACAGUCACCGGUGGCAUGCCAAGUCCACCAUUAUCAGAAACCUUAGCGCCCUCUUAUUCCCCUCAUCAUUAUCCUCGGCAACAAGAAGAUACCAUUAAUUCUAUCAACAAUACCAGCUACGCGCAACAGCAUCAUAAUACCCUCUUUGGCCGCGUGAAUGGUAUGCUACCUCCUCCUUCAAUUCGUAGAAACUGCUAUCACAAUACCUACAAGAAUAUUUGGGCAGCACCUCUUCUUCCAUCUGGCAGUAAGAAUUUCGCCCCUUUCUUCGGUCCAGGCUUUGAAAGGAUGAAUAUCAAUUCUACAGCCACUACCGCUUUUCAACGUCCACUUUCGCCGCCCCAACCAACGUCAUCAUUGAUGCUAUCUUCCUCUCAAUCCGUUUUCCAUUUAUCCAACCCUCAUGGUAUGUCAACGAUGAUGAAGCCUUCUGUUAGUACACCGGCUAUUGGCUCUGUUGAAGAAAUGGCGAUAGGCCAUGAACAACAACAAAACUCGCGGGAUAAAUCCUGGCCAGAUGUAUUCUUUGGUGGACGUGAUUUAUUUUCAACCCUACGAAAUAGCUGGAAUGCGCCUUACGGUCAAAGACAUUAUUUCUAACAAAGUUUACCGUCCCUCUCUCUCUUUUUUUCAUUUGCCGUUUCAAUAUUUUGUAUUUCUUAUAUCUGUAUUAUGUUUUUAUUGAUGUUUGAUUUGAUUUUAUUUGAUAUUUGUAAUCUUUGUUUGUAAUAG